UAAACCACUCUUGACUAAACCCAGCUGAGAUUGUGAGCUCAGUCGGCCCGGCUGGUCUUCCAGUAUCCCACAGUUCCGCGGGACGCCGGCCGGUCGGCGGCGGUGAAUGUGAUGAAGGGUAUUGGUGGUGUCGGGGACACGGCGCUUUAACCACGGACAUCCAUGCCAUAAUAUGCAGCCCUUGAUCCAAGCUGAAACUAGGAAUUUGACAAAAACAUUUUCAAUGGCCAAAAAGAUUUGUUCUGUCAAUGACCGCACAGAAUUAUGCACGUACGAUAAGAUAAUAGACUUCUACAGUAGUUAAUACUGAAAGCACAGAUGGAAUUACUGCCUGCAGAUCAAGACACAGAGAGUGCGGAAGCUGUUUCAAGUCAGAGGAUCAGCAAGAUUCCCACAGCUUUGAACCGCAAACGAUCAAAGCUGAUUGUGCACUUAGACUUAAAUAACACACUGCAGUUGUUUGAUACUGUUACCAGACAAGGACCUAGAAGUGCUCUUAGUUCCUUUUUAACCACUGUUACCUGGGGGCAGAUCAACCAGGAAGGGAAGUGGGAGUGGAUGAGCCUUGAACCUUCUUUGAAUCCACCAUGUGAUGGGGCUGUGAGCUAUUAUUCACAAUUUGGAAAGCUACUAGACUUCACAGACACUGCUGAUGGUAGCCUCUUUAAGAAGAUUUUCACUGAUCACUUACAGCAAAUCGAAUGGACAGAUCCCCACAAUGAUCUCCUUUCUGUUACUGGUGAAGAUGGAAAAGAGUACCACAGGAUCCUCCCAGCUUUCUUCGAACUGAUUGAUUGUUUGUUAUCUCAAAACAGAGAAUUUGCAAUUGUAUUUAGGACUUUUGGCACAGAUUUAUCUAGAGCUUUGAAGACGACAGAGGUUACCCUGUCGGGUCAACAUCCUCAGUAUCAACAUCUUCAGAUGAAACAUCUGCCUUUAACAAUGGUACCAGGCAAAAUCCGUUGCAAUAAAAAGGAUGUUGUGUUGACCUUGGGAUCUGAACGGAUUUCCAUAAAAUCAGAUCCUAAAGCUUUAUAUCACUACUUCUCUUCAUUGGAGGGAAUUGUGGGUUUUCAGGAUCAUUUCGACUGGUGGGCAAGGAAUAGCUUCUCAAGCCAUGGUGGUAAACCAUUUUGGAUUGAUCCUUCUGAAACUGGAAUACAACACAUCUUCAUCGAUGAUAAUAUCCGCUUAAAUGAUGCUGAAUCUAUUAUUUGUGCACAGAUGUUUGUAGAUGGUGGCAGUGAAACCCGAAUUGUCCCAACCGCAGAGUUGGAAGACGUUUGCUUGGUCCGGACUGACCUUCUCAAGGCCAUCCAUGACCGGCAUUAUUUCAUCAAGUGUGUGGAGCAGUGUGAAGAGAACUACAACAACUACACAGCUCUGUUGUAAACGAGGGCAUCCUAUCACAUCAGCAAUCCUAGCUGAUAAACUCAGGGUAUGUGUUUGAAAAAGAGACGGGUUAAUAUAAUUAUAUUAAAUAUAUACAUAUGGACAUGAUGAAUUUUGAAAUACAUUGUUUAAAAGUUAAAGUUAUAACUGUAAUGAUAAAUUACUGGAAAAAAGAACCUGACAUUGAUCUCUAUUAUAGAAAUGUUUAAAGUUAUUAUAUUGUAUCUCAAACUUCAACUGUAUGAUAUAAAAGGGAUUUUCAUAAAUAUUCAUUAAACAUUAAUAUAAAUCUGUUCAUUUUACUGGGUAAUGCACUGUAUGGAAAUGUUACAUUUUAAUAGUGUAAUGAAACAGGGAUGUAUAAUAUCAAUUAAUAUAUAAGAGUUGAACAAAAGUUUCUUUGGGAUUUCAGAACAAAUGUAAAUUGUAGUUGCAUCCAUUUCCGUCCUGGAUAAAACAAGCAUUUGAUGAGUUUUACAGUAGCUGUUUAAUAGUAUUUCAACAAGCAUCUUACUAGCUGGUGUGACUACAACUAGGCCUUUUAUAGUCUGAAUAAUCAGUGAUUUGUGCAUGUCAAGAACAGAAAUGAGUGAUUCUUGUUAAAUGAAUAGCAUUUUGCUUUGUAAGUACUGAGAAUAUUGUUCAGACUUUUUAGAGGCA